GGGAGCGCCCACCGGAAGCAACCCGGAGACUCGAACAUGGCGGCCGCCCGGUGCCUGCGCUGGGGCCUGAGCCGAGCCAGAGCCUGGCUGCCCCCGCCGCCCCCGCACUGCCCCCGCCGGGAUCUGCACAAGCAGGUAGACGGCACCGGAUUCCAGAGCAUCUACAGCCUGGACAAGCUCUACCCGGAGUCGCGGGGCUCGGACACCGCGUGGAGGGUCCCGGAUGACGCGAAGCAAGCCAACGACAUUCCUCUAGAUCGCUUGACAAUAUCUUAUUGUCGGAGCAGCGGGCCUGGAGGCCAGAAUGUUAACAAAGUGAAUUCCAAGGCUGAAAUCAGGUUCCAUUUGGCAACCGCCGACUGGAUCGCAGAGCCGGUGCGCCAGAAGAUGGCCGUCAUGUAUAAAAAUAAGAUCAACAGGUUGGGAGAGCUGAUACUCACCUCUGAAUGCAGCCGCUAUCAGCUCCGAAAUCUGGCAGAUUGCCUGCAGAAAAUUCGAGACAUGAUCGCUGAAGCCAGCCAGACGCCCAAGGAGCCAUCCAAAGAAGAUGCUGUCCUCCGAAGAAUCAGAAAACAUGAAUCGGGAAAGGCUGAGAAAAAAGAGAAUAAAUUCCGCCAUAAAGGCAAGCAGGAGGGUAGAUAUGGACUGAAAUCACCCUCCAGGGCUGGCAGAGACCCUCCGCAGGGCGCCGGGCAGCCGGCGGGAGCGCGAGUGCUGGCAGGAGACGGCCUGCGGUUUGCGGUUUUAGGCCUGUCUCCAACAUUGGAGCCACUGGGAUUGUUCGCUCAGAAUGAGGGUGGCAGGCGCUCGUGUCAAAGGUCUCUAUAGGCGAUGACAUGUUGUCACACCUCACUUACCCACUUCAUGUAUUAGCUGCAAUAAAAUUCUAAAUGCAAAAAAUAAAUAAAAUUCUAAAUGCAAAAA